AUGUCAACCUCUCUCGAGAUGUCUUCUGUAGACCUCAGUGGACUGUGUGAUAGGGUAUUGGCAAUUUAUGUCCCGGAAGGUCACAUACUCAGAUUGGAGGAAAAUAACAACUUCGAGAUUCGUUCAGACGACAUCUGGGUCAUCACAUACCCUAAAUGUGGUACCACGUGGACGCAGGAAAUCGUCUGGCUCGUAUGCAACAACGCCGACACGGAAACGGCCAACACCGUAGAACUGGAUACACGCUUCCCGUUCUUUGAGUAUCCGUUCACUAAUCAGAAGCGUGUGAUCAGAAAGAUGCCCUCGCCACGUCUAAUUAAGACUCACCUCGCACUACCUGUACUGCCUCACCAGAUAAGGGAAAAGAAGCCAAAGAUCAUAUACACGAUGAGAAAUCCGAAGGACACAUGCGUUUCAAUGUACCACUUCGUAAAGCUGCUAACGCCCAUCAACUACAAAGGCAAUUUCGAGGAGUUUACAAAGGAGUUCUUCAUGGGUGUCACUGUUGGUCACGGGUCGUUUUGGGACCAUCACCGUGACUACUGGAGGCUAAAAAAUGAAAUGAAUAUUCUAAUACUAAAAUAUGAAGACUUGAUCACGGAUCUGGCCAAGGAGGUGAAGAGGAUAGCGGCAUUCCUGGAAAAGGAGCUAACUGAGGAGCAGGUGCAAACCAUCGUCGAACACUGCACGUUCAAGACGAUGAAGGACAAUUCUGCAAGCAACCAAUCUCAUAUUCAGAACAUGGGACUCAUGAGAGCUGGGAUGGGCAAUUUCAUGCGCAAAGGAAAAAUUGGUGACUGGAAGAAUUACUUCACUCCCGAGCUGAACGACAUGGUGGACCAACUGAAUAAGAAAUACCUGGAGCCUGAAGGACUCACCUUCGACUAUGAAUAAAUACUACGUCUAACACAAG